AUGUCUAAUGUUACUGAGAAACAACUACAUAAACAAAGUUUAACUAAAGUAGUUGAUUAUUUAAAUGAAAAAAAUAAUAACGAAACGGAAAACACUGAAGAAGAAAAAUAUAGUAAGAAGAAGAUUAGACAAUUGUCAAAAAAAUCUCACAAGAAAAAAGCAAAAACAUGUACUAAUGUAAAGUUAGAAAAUAAUAAUAUUAUUGAAUCUACUAAAAGUAUUGCAUUUAAUGAAAAGAAUGCUAAUAAUGAAGAAAAAUUAUCACGAAAAGAAAGAAGGAUGUUAAAAAUAAAAAAUAAUGGGAAAGGCUUAAGUUCCAAAGAAUUUAUGAAAGUUUAUAAGGAAGGUGAUGGUCGGAAAAUUGUAAAAGAAGACAGAGAAAGAAGUAAGUUACAUAUUCCAAGUAAAUCAAAAUUAGAAUAUCCAAAAGUUAAUGAAAAAGAAAAAAAUCGUUUUAAACCCAAAGCAAAAAAAAGAAUUAAGAAAAGAUAA